GUCACAUUCAGAAAUCGCCUACCGAAAGUGUCUUUUCGAAACGUCACUCAACAACGAGCCUUUUCUACACUUCCGUUUGUCCAGAGCAAAACAGUAAUUUUUUAAGCAACAAUGGCUCCACGUAAAAACAAAACCGUAAAAGAGGAAGUCCAAGUCUCGCUCGGUCCACAGGUCCGCGAGGGUGAAAUUGUAUUUGGUGUGGCUCACAUCUACGCGAGCUUCAACGACACUUUCGUUCAUGUUACCGAUCUUUCCGGUAAGGAAACCAUUUCCCGUGUGACCGGUGGAAUGAAGGUCAAGGCGGAUCGUGAUGAAGCUUCGCCCUACGCCGCUAUGUUGGCCGCUCAGGAUGUUGCCGAGAAAUGCAAAUCUCUGGGUAUCACUGCUUUGCACAUUAAACUGCGUGCCACUGGUGGAAACCGUACCAAGACGCCAGGACCCGGUGCUCAGUCUGCUCUGCGUGCCCUUGCUCGUUCUUCGAUGAAGAUUGGACGCAUUGAGGAUUGCACUCCAAUCCCAUCGGAUUCCACCCGCCGGAAGGGAGGUCGUCGUGGUCGUCGUCUGUAAGCUUCUUGUUUUAUUGGAUUUGCGAUUCCAUCAGAGGAAUAUUCCGUACGUGAAAAGUGUAUUCUUAAAUUUGGAAUCUGUUUCUGGAUAUGGAAAAUAAAAUAGGAUGACAACAAA